GUUUAACAAGUUACUUAUUUAUUUCUGGAACUAGCUAGGUUCCUAGAAUUUCCCUUAAAGGAACGGAACUUAAGGAUUUUUCUUUCCAUGCUCGGUGUCUGAAGACCCUUUUAAAAAAAGUUGGUUCUUGCUUUGUCUCGACUGGGGAUUAAGUUUUAACAUGAAUUUUGGUGGACACAAGUAUUAAAGCCAUAGCAGUAUUGUAUCCCUGCCAGCACAUAGCAUAGAACUUUAUGUAUAGUAAAUGUUUUAUAAAUAACUGUUGAAUAAAUAGGUGAAAUUGAGUUGGCUUAUAUUGCAAUAACUUUCAUCCCAUUAAAGUAAGAAGAGGGUAAUACAGGUACCUUUUCUUAAGCCACUUCUACUUUCCCUCUUGGGAUUAUUUAUUUCAUACUGAGAUGUAUGUGUCUGUAGUAUGCUUUAAUUUUCCUCUUUUUUCAUAGAAGUUAUAAUACUCUAUAGAUAUCUAUUGAAUGCCUCAUAUUUUCCAGGUAUUGUCAUAGAUUCUAAAGAUACAAGAACAAACAAAACCACUUAGAACCUUGCUUCAGGAAACUAAAAAAUGUACAGGAGCAGUGCCACACAACCGAAGAAGUCUAUUAGCUUCAUCAGCCCUGUAAGAGGAGCACCAGCCAAGAGCUAUGCUGGUGCGAAUCAAAGCAGAAUGGCGAUAUCAAAAACCAUGGUUGUACCGGAAUUGAAAUUAGCAGAAAAAAUUAACAUUUCUAGCACAAAGAUAACACAGGUGCUGGAUAUAAAUGGAGUUGAUGUUACCCCUCGACCCCUUUACCAUCCAGAUCCACAGACUGGGCCAGCGAAGCCAAAUAAACUCUUUACAUCACAGGAGGGAUCGCUUGGCUCAGACUUCAUAUCUUCCUAUACCCUUUAUCAGAAUACCACAAAUCCUAAUAUGUUAGGGCAGUUUACAAGGUCAGUUUUAGGAAGCAGUACAGUUUCCAAGUCCAGUGCAUCAACAACUGAAUCAAUAGCAGAAGACCUAGAAGAAUCAUCCUAUAAACGAGAAAAAUUGACCAGUUUCACAGAUUUGCGAGUUAUGAGAGCAAUACCUGAAAAAGCUAUAACAAAAGAAGACCUGGAGAAGAAUAUAAAGAUAAUACUCACAGAGACGGAAACACUGAGAUUUUUUGACUUGCCAACAGUCAUGGUGUCUGUAGAAUCUGAAGAAGCUGAGAAAGUAAUCCAGAGAAACAAAAAUUAUGAAAUCCUUUGUAAAAACAGAGUAGGCAAUGACCUAUAUGUUGAAAGGAUGAUGCAAACUAUCAAUGGAGCACCAAAGAAUAAAGACAUUCAAUGUGAUAAGAUCAUAAUGGAAGACAAAGGCAUAAUGUCCACUGCCUGGGAUUUGUAUGAUUCUUUCAAUACUAUGGAACUUGUAUCUUUAUCAGUAAAACAAUCUGCAACUGAGCCAAGUAGUAAAGCAAGCGUACCUCCUAAAGAGCAGGACCAAAGAUUGCCAGGGAGCACUACAGAGAAAAAUAGUGAAGCUAGUUCUCUCAUGGAUAUAGAAAAUGUAAUUUUGGCAAAAAUCCGUGAAGAUGAGGAGGACCACUCAGAUAUGAUAUUUAAAUCUGACAAAUUCCGUCAGGACUUAUUUUUUAUGGAACGGGUUCUAAUGGAAAAUGUAUUUCAGCCAAAACUUGCAGCCUAUCGUCAGCUUCCUGUUUUAAAAGAGCCAGAACUUGAAGAGCCUGAAGACUUUUUGGAAGGUGAAAAGCAUGAAGAGGCAGAGGACGAAGUUAGGAAGGAGGAGGAAGAAGAAACAGAAAUACAUGCAGAACAAUCAACAAUCCCAGCCAAUUUGGAACGACUUUGGUCUUUUUCCUGUGACCUGACCAAAGGCCUCAAUGUGAGCAGCCUUGCCUGGAAUAAAACAAAUCCAGACCUUUUGGCUGUUGGCUAUGGGCACUUUGGAUUUAAAGAGCAAAAAAGAGGAUUAGCUUGCUGCUGGUCUAUAAAGAAUCCCAUGUGGCCAGAACGUAUUUAUCAGAGUUCAUAUGGCGUUACUGCUGUGGAUUUUUCAAUUGGAGCACCUAACCUUUUAGCUGUUGGCUACCACAAUGGCACGAUUGCAAUUUACAAUGUACAGAGCAGCAGCAGCGUUCCAGUUCUGGAUAGCAGUGAAUCACCUAAUAAACAUUUGGGACCUGUAUGGCAACUACAGUGGAUAGAACAAGAUCGAGGGACAACAGGUGAUGACAAGAGAGAAAUACUAGUUUCUAUAUCAGCAGAUGGAAGAAUCUCCAAGUGGGUUAUACGAAAAGGACUAGACUGCCAUGACUUAAUACGAUUAAAGCGAACGACUGCUAACAGCCACAGAAAAGGAGGAGAGAAGGAAAAGAAAGGGGAAGCGCUGAUAUCCCGACAGGCUCCUGGCAUGUGUUUUGCUUUUCAUCCUAAGGACACAAACAUCUACUUGGCUGGCACUGAAGAAGGUCAUAUUCACAAAUGUUCUUGUUCAUAUAAUGAACAAUACUUAGAUACCUACAGAGGACAUAAGGGUCCAGUGUAUAAAGUAACAUGGAAUCCAUUUUGUCAUGAUGUGUUUUUAAGCUGUUCUGCAGAUUGGGGUGUUAUUAUAUGGCAACAGGAGAAUGUCAAGCCAUUUUUGAGUUUUUAUCCAACUACUUAUGUUAUUUACGAUGUUGCCUGGUCCCCAAAGUCACCUUAUAUAUUUGCAGCUGCAAAUGAGAGCAGAGUGGAGAUUUGGGACCUCCACAUCAGCACUUUGGACCCUCUGAUUGUGAAUGUUGCUAACCCCGGAAUCAAGUUCACAACCAUUCUCUUUGCCAAACAAACAGAUUGCCUUCUGGUGGGAGACAGUGACGGACAGGUUGCUGUGUAUGAACUGAAAAAUAUGCCUACUGCUUUGGAUUCUGGCCGGGGAAAUAUAAUAGAUACUUUGCUUGGACCCAAGUCAAACCAACCAGGAUGAUGCAUCAUCCAAAUAUCUUUUUUGUUGUUUAAAGAAAAAGAAGCCAUGUUUAAUAUCCAAUAUUCUGCAUUGUAUGCUGCAAGUCAGAUUUUUAUUUUAGAAAACAAUAUUUGAUGUAUAACUUCCACUUAAAUGUAGCAUAGAUUUAGUGAAAUUUUAUUUUAGAGA